GCAUGUGCUCAUGUUAUGGGCCGAGCACAUGCGCCGAUCGUGUCGAUUGAAAGUUCUUCACGAGGAACAGGACUUGCUCGUCUUUAUUCCGCACCAUUUCGCUCUUGGACGCCAGAUUCUGUAUGCAUCAUAGUUUAAAGAGUCCAGUUUGCGCUCAACUAGAAUGUGUGAAGUCGGGUUCUUCGAGGGGCCCGAGAAACUCUUGGAGAUCUGGUGGCGGCCGACGUUGGCAACUGAAUCCAUCUUGAGAAACAGAGGGAAAUGCAACAACAUGGCGAAGAAAGGAGAUCUAAGAGAAAUUCCCCGACAAAAAUGGGAAAAGAUUCUCCAGCUCGUCAACUGCCAGAUAAUCAGCGAGAAAAGAAAUGAGGACAUGAUUUCUUAUCUCCUCAGGUCAUCACUCCACUGUCGUAAUCAUGCUAUGUGUGAACUGAUACCUACCCUGUUGUUACCUAGUGAAAGUAGCAUGUUCAUAUCAAAGGAGCGCAUUAUUCUAAAGACAUGCGGAACAACCACCCUCUUGUACUCCAUCAAGCCUUUGCUCAACCUGGCGGCCGAAGAGUGCGGACUCACCAUAGUCCAGGAUCUCUUCUACUCACGGAUGAACUACCUGAAGCCAGACAUGCAGAAAGACCUUCACCGAUCCUUUGAGAAAGAAGUCCAAUGGCUAGAUAAGCUCUUUGCUAAUGGUGCGGCAUAUUCUCUUGGACGUGUGAAUGGAGAUAGCUGGUAUUUUUACACCCUUCGUCAGCAAGGUGUGGAACAGCCAGACCAAACACUUGAGAUUUUGAUGCAAGAUUUGGAUCCUAAUGUCAUGAAGGCAUUUUACACAGGACAGUAUGCCAACGUGUCAGAGGUUACAAAGGCCACUGGGAUUGCUGACUUCAUUCCCGGUGCCAUCAUUGACGACUUUCUUUUUGACCCAUGUGGCUAUUCCAUGAAUGGUCUGUUUGGGGUCUCUUCAUUUGAAAACAACAACAUCACCAUGCCGGAUUGGUAUCCUGAUAUGUCAGAUGUUGGGGAUAACUACUUCACGAUCCACAUAACGCCGCAGAAAGAAUGCUCCUAUGUCAGUUUUGAGACCAACAUACGUGUUAAAUGUUAUAAAGAACUGGUCAACAAGGUUCUAAAGGCAUUCAAACCAGGGCGAUUCCUGAUGACCCUUUUUGCUAACGAGGGCGCCCCAUGCGGCCCUUCGUUGAAAACAUUCCAGGAGUUAGGUUUCCAUGGUUACCAGCGCUGGGACCUUCAGCUAUGUCAGAUGAAGUAUUACAACCUGACUUAUGGGCACUAUAGACAAGUUUCCAGCAAGGGAAGCAGUGAAGUAGUCCACAAUGGACACCAUUAGGGAGAGUGAUCACCAAUUCAGUACAUGAUCACAGAAGACACCUUUUCACAUCUAUAUAAACUAUUAUAUUAUUAUAUAAACUAUGAAAAUCCACUGGUUCAUUUACAAGAAAAUUUUUAAAAUAACCACCCACGAUUGAAGUUUAUUAACCCCUUUUUUAUUGUAAGUAUCUCAGUGACUUGCUUGAAUAAGCCAAUGGAAAUUGUAUUUUUGAGUGAGUCGGUAUUGCUUGAAAACUACGCCCUCAUGGUGUUGUGAUAAAAGCACUAGAGGUAUGCAGUAAUAGCUUCAAAAGGUCUCUGUCAUGUUGUCGUCAAACUAAAAUGCCAAUUGUGAGAAAGCAUCCAAUUCCAUCGGCUGAUCCAGGAAAGGAGUAAAGGAACACACGCACACAAGGAAUUGGGAGCUUACGAGAAUGUAUAGGUAUAGCGCUUGAAUGGAAAAUGAUGUUUUGAGAACUUGCCUAUUAUGGGCAAGCAGGGUUCCAGAGUAGUAAUUACUGACAACAGAUGAAUCAAGUUUAAAUCGGCAUCCUUAGCUCUGGCAAAAGGUCACUAGGUCAAUCUAGGAACUUUUUCUAUCUAAAUACACAUAAAUUCAGCCAACUUCUUUGCUUUUUCCAAGAGCUUUCCACUUACAAGAGUGUCGAUUAGAAGUGGCUGAAUUUUAGAGGAGUGCAGUUGCUAAAUGAUAAAUUAAGAUGGCUUCUAGCUUCAGCAUGCCAAGUAUGAUGAUUGUUCCACAUAUAUAUUAUUUAUAGCAUUUCUACAAAAGAAUAUGAAUACAACAAUAAUAAAAAAGUAUACAACAAA